GAUUUGUUUACACCCCGUACAUAUUUGGAUAGUAUUGGUGGAAGCUACAUCAGAUGUUAUGUUGACUCCCGCCUGUCAGGCCGCUAAAACCCUUCCACAGGAUACCGACUCCUCCGAGAGUCUCCCUGUCCCAAAUGGAUGGAUCGUCCCGCAACGUACUAGGAAUGUGGAACAGAUGCUCAAAGAAUACACUGGUUUGAAAGGGACCCUUGUGCUCAGCGAAGAAAGUGGCACAAGCAAGGUACAUUUUUUCGUCGGGCAAGGACUACUACGUUUGGAACUGUUCGUGCGAGGAUGGAUGGCGCCUUCUCGAUAUCAAUAGUCGCGAGGAAUUGUAUGGCCAUCUUGCAAAGGGCAAAGGGCUCAAAGGACUGAAGGUUGAAUUAUUGCCGGAUUUUGGUGAUCUCGAAGGAUGAACGUUCUUGCGGCUCACAUGUUUCAAUGUAGAGUUUUCCCUUUGGGCCCAAAUGUUUCGUGACUUUCUGUAAUACAUCGCUGUUGAAUAAUUGUACCGAAUCUCUUACAAUCCAAAGAAAUUAACAAUGGAUCACGGCGCACAUAAUAUGGCUGCAAGGUGCUCAAUGCACAUGCUCUGGAAUACCCAAAUCAUCGACACAUGCGUCGUAUUUUCCCAAUGGCACAUCCGCUCUAACCUC